AGUGCAAUUAAUUGAGUCAAUUCUUAUCACACCAAUGGUUUGCGAAAAGGGACAUCAUCUUGGGUGUCUUUGUUCGAUGUAAUAAAAGGUAACUUCGACAGCAAGGUCGUGGAUAACGAAUUUCACUGAAAGGCCCGGAGUGACAACGCUUGGAUAUUUCAAGUUGUUACUGCAAAUUACUCGAACUCAAGAGCCAAAAAACCACAUCUAUUAGUGACUCCUUGAGGAAUCUAUCGUAGAGACGCAACAACGAAUUUCCUACUGUCGUAUCCAUAUUGUUUCGAAUUUCCUGGCUUCAAAGUUCACGCAGUUAUUCGAACGAACACAUGUAGUGGCUGGAAGACCUGCGAUCGAGGCGCCAUGAAAUGAAACGACAUGCUUUCGUGAAGAAAAGUAAAGUUCCUUCGUUAAAACACGAUGACCAUGGAUAUGUAUUUGGAGUUAACAGUUGGGCCUAUUACCGUCAAGGAGUGGCGCUGCAGUGCCUGGGUCGGCAUGCGGAUGCACUUGGAGCCUUUGCGUCUGCGCUUGCGCAGGAUGACAAAAGCCCUCAACUGCUGAACUCUCUGACUGAAGCCGCGAUGAAGUCCCCACUGAGAGCUACCCUCGAGCCAAUCUACAGCCAGCUGAAAGGCAUGAAACUUGACAAGAGCGCCUUUGUAAUGAUAUCAGUUAUCGGACAAGAACUUCUUUCUGUCGGACAUGUAACAGCAGCCAUAGAUUGCCUCGAAGCUGCUUUGAAAGUUGGAACUUGCGGUUUACGUCUCCGGGGCUCUGUCAUCUCGGCUUUAAGUACAGCUUAUUGGAAACUUGGAAAUCUAAAGAAGGCCAUGGAAUACAUGAGACAAGAUCUAGAAACGUCACAGUCUUUGAACGACAAAGGUGGAGAAUGCAGAGCUUAUGGUAAUCUUGGUGGAGCAUAUUACUCACAACGAAUGUUCAAGGAAGCUGUGGAGCAUCAGAGAAGUCAGCUGGAUAUUGCUUUGACAAUUAAAGAUCGUAAAACCGCCGCGAGUGCCUUGAGUUCUUUAGGGCAUACACAUGUUUCGAUGACUGAUUACACAAGUGCUAUCUCAAGUCAUAAACAAUCAAUGCAGAUCUAUAAGGAGUUGAAAGACAGACAAGGCGAAGCGAGAGAACUAGGAAACAUUGGCGCUGUGCAUGUCUUGUUAUCGGAUUAUGACAAUGCAAUAAAAUAUCAUCAAGAACAUUUGAAAAUUGCGGUUGAGCUGGGAGACAAGGCAGAAGAAGGCCGGGCGUACAGCAACCUAGGAAGUGCUUUCCAUUACAAGAGAGACUUCGACAAAGCAAUCCAGUUUCACAAGCAGGUCUUGGACGUGGCGAAGAAGACCAAAGAUUCUUUUAUGGAAGCGAGGGCGUAUGCUGGCCUAGGACAUGCUCUGAGAUGCAAAGGUGACUUAGAUCAGGCAGUGUCUUUUCACGAAUAUCAACUUGCCUUGGCGAUCAAACUCAAAGAUCGAGCGACCGAGGGGAGAGCGCUUUCCAACCUGGGAGUUAUUUUCCAGCAGAGGGGGCUUUAUGGACAAGCCCUAAAACUUCACAAAAAACACUUGGCUAUUUGUAAAGAGUUGGAGGACCGAGCGGGACAGGGGCGAGCCUACGGGAAUAUGGGCUGCGCUUACAGCGCUUGUGCGCGGUAUGAACAAGCUAUUAAGUUCCAUAAACAAGAACUGAUGAUUUCCAAAGAAGUGAACGAUCGGUCGUCAGAAGCCUGCACGCAUGGAAAUCUUGCAGUGGCUUAUCAAGCGAUUGGAAGUCUCGACAAGUCAUUGAAACAUUAUCAACAACACUUAGUUAUUUCACAAGAAAUCGGUGAUCAGUCAAAUGAAGCCAUCGCUUUGAGCAAUUUGGGGAAUUACUACAGUUCUUGCGGAAAUUUCACUAAAGCUAUUCCUUUCUACGAAAACUUUUUGUCCGUCGCGAGACAUAUGCGGGAUCGUGUGAGCGAGUGCAAAGCUUGUCACAAUCUGGGAUUCGCGCAUUACUCGUUAGGCGGUCACCUAGAUGCUGUACCUUAUUACGAGAGAAACAUUGAAAUAGCCAAAGAUCUGGAAGACAGGACAAGCUUAGGAAGAGCAUAUUGUAAUCUAGGACUGGCUUACAGUGCAAUCGGCAAACAAGAGAAAGCGUUGGAGUGUCAGAAAGAAUUCCUAACUGUUUCACAGGAGGCCAUGCAAGUCCAAGGCGAAUUUAAAGCUUGCGGAAACAUUGGUGAUAUUUAUGUGACACUGGGUAACACAAAUCAGGGAAUACGAUUUUUCCAGGAACAACUACAAGUCGCAAAGAAGGCGCAGGAUGCUGCUCUGGAGAGCGAAGCGCACGGAGCCUUGGGUAGCGCUUUUAGGACUGCACGUGAUUUUGAUAGGGCGUUGGUUUGCUUUCAAAAAGAGUUAGAACUGAGAAGAACGGUGCAUGAUUCUGUUGGUAUUUGCAAAGCGUUAAGCAAUCUCGGCUCAGUUCACAGCAGCUUACAACAGUAUAAUGAUGCUUUUGUGUCCUAUUCUGAAGAGCUUUCCAUCGCAAAUGAACUUGAUGACUGUAUUCUCCAAGCAGAAGCUUGUGGUAACCUGGGAAUCACAAAAAUGAACACUAAAGAUUAUCAAGAGGCGCUGGGAUUUUUUGAACAGCAGAUCGCCACGUUGGAACAGGUUACAGGUGCCUUGCUUGAAAGCGGCCGUGCAUAUGGGAAUCUGGGUGAGUGUUACCACGUGCUGGGUGACCAUGAAGAAGCCGUAAAGUUUUACGAUAAAUAUCUUGCCGCUGGGCAACAAAUGGAGAGUGCUGCUGACCAGGACAAGGCCUACCGCGGACUAGGGAACGCGCACAGGACAAUGGGAAAUCUGCAACAAGCUCUUGUGUGUUUCGAGAAGAGAUUAGUGGUGGCUCACGAGUUGACUGAUUUCCAUUCCAAAGGGACAGCUUACUGCGAGUUGGGAAAUAUGCACAAGAUUCUUGGAAACUACGAGCAAGCCCUUGCAUGUUUCGAGCAACAGUUGUCCUUGGCGAGGGAGUGUAAUGAUGCCAUUAAUGAAGGAGACGCCCUCUGUGGACUGGGGCUGGUGAACCAGAAGAUGGGGGAAUACGAAAAGGCGUUGAAACUACACGAACAAGAGACGACAGUCGCCGAGAAACAAAAGGACCUCGGCCGCCGCGGUCGGGCGUCAUUUCAUCUCGGCAUGACGCACGAAAUUCUCGGAAAUUACGAACAGGCGGCAAUCUACCAAGGCCAACAUCUAAACAUCGCCUCGCAAAUGAACGACCAAGCAGCGAAAGCGCAGGCAUACAGUUCACUAGGAAGAACGCAUCAUGCCCUGGCAAAUUAUUCCCAGGCUAUCUCGUACCUCAACAAAGGCCUUGCGAUCGUAGAGGCUCUAGGGAGGAGUGAAGACGAGGCGCGAAUACGUCAUCGAUUAGGUUUGUCAUAUUUGGCAGCCAAUCAGCUGGACGCAUCGCAGCUGCAUCUUUUCCGCGCGGCGGAGUUAUUGGAGAAAUUGCGCGAAGAAGGUAUUAGUAGUGGCGAGUAUAAAUUGUCUUUGUAUGAACUUCAAGCUGCGACUUACCAAGUUUUACAGCGAGUUUUAGUUACUAUGGGCAACCAUGAGGAGGCGUUGGCGGUCGCCGAGCGAAGUCGGACCCGAGAUUUUAUCGAUUUGCUUCAAGAACGACAAGGAAGUAAUCGAUCAGAGAACGGAAUUUCGAAGUAUUUGGAGAAUCCGUUGACGACACCUGAACAAAUCACAGACUUGGUACGCAGUCAAAAGGCAAGUGUCUUGUACUAUUCCAUAGCCGCAGGACACUUGUACAGCUGGCUCAUCACUCCGAAUAAAGGAAUUGUGAAGUUUCACGACUCUCUUCUCUCGGAUGGAGACCAUGACAAUGAAGUGUCAGUUGACUUAGAUCAAAGUAGCAGCGCAGCCUACUCGCACACCUCUACUCUGUUAGAUUCGUACAUCACGCAGGUACGCGAUGCUCUCGGAGUUGAACCGCAUUUAAAUUUGAAUCGCACGACUAGCAUGUCCGAGAGUGAAGUUGAAGACACCUGGGAAAGAGACAGUGUGUUCAGCGCGAGCCCACUGUCGUACAUGUCAGGGGAUGAUGAUGAUACCAUAAGUGUGUCGUCAUUGUCAUUUGGCGGUCACAGUUUCCGGUCAAACCCGAGGAGCAGCUUCUUGUCAGCGAGGAACGUCCGAAAAUUAAAUGGGGUAAGAAGUAGCAACAAGAAGCUCGGCUGGUCGGGAAAGCCACCGCUUCGUGCUUUGUACGAGCUCUUGAUUUCUCCCAUGGAAGACGCUUUACCUGCUUCUUCGUCCUUCGAAAGCGAAGAUUCCUCACUUGCGUUGGUUCUCCAAGGUGAUCUGUACCUGGUGCCGUUUCCUGUCUUAAAAGGGAGCCUUUCUAAAGAUUAUCUUUUCCGUCGGUUUAGGCUUAUCGUUGUUCCUUCAUUGCAAGCUCUCGCCUCGAACAUCAAGACUCUCAUGUUGAGGAAAAGUGGACUCGAUACAUCUUCGGUAACGAUCAUCGGAAACCCGAAGGUCCCGACGACGUUCGGACAAUGGGAAUCGAACCCGAGCGCUGAGCACGAAGCUAAGAUCGUGGCGGAACUCUUCAACACGAAACCGCUACUCGGCAGUGUUGCGACUAAGAGCGAAGUCGUCCGAAAGUUGCCGAAGGCGGAGUGCAUUCAUUUUGCUACUCAUGUGUCUUGGAAACUAUCAUCUCUUAUUCUUUCGCCGCAGAAUUCCGAUGACAAAUCGAUCACGCCCGCAGGAUCACCCGAAAGAGCGAGUCUGGACUUUCUUGGUGACAUGAGUCCUGACGAAGCACCGGCUUUGUCUGAAUUCCUUCUCACAGCAGCCGAUAUCUUAGACCAGAAAUUAUCAGCAAAACUCGUUGUUAUUGGCGCUGCGCACAACCACUCGUCGCGCAAUCGGAUUACAUCGGAUGGUGUGAUCGGAUUAACGAGAUCAUUCCUGUCGGCUGGAGCACAGAGUUUGUUGGUUGCCCUGUGGCCUGUCCCAGACCUGGCGUGCAAGUUGCUUCUGAAAGCGUUCUACGGCGGACUCCUUCAAGGAAUGAUGGCGAGCCAAUCUCUGUGUCAGGCCAUGCAGGUAGUUCAGGGAACAAAGCAGUUUUCACAUCCGUCAAACUGGGCUGGAUUUAUCCUUGUUGGUGGAGACACAGCUCUGACGAAUAAAGAAGCUCUGAUGAGUAGCGCCAUUUCCAAACUGUUAGAUAACCCUGUGAACUGCCGAGAUGCACUGAAAGUUCUUGUUCAUCUGGUGGACAAGGCGCAACAGCGGAUACGUUCAGGUCAGCGGUCGUCCAUGUACACAGCGGAUGCAAGCAUCAAUGCCAAAGUCAAGGGAGCCAGCGGUUGGCGAGAAUUGCUCAAGCUUCUUGGUUUCCGGUUUCAGAAGGCUGCUAACGGACUUCCGGACUCCGUCUUCUUUCCAACAGUAUCCAGUGGUGUGGCAGACAAGCUGGCUGAUGCAAGUAACCAUUUACACGCUUUGCUGGGUCUGAGUCCCACCACUUUGCAGGCUCUGGCCAAACUCGUGAAUGCACGCACAGUGAACACAGCUUUAGUGGCUCUGUUCAGCCAGGUUUUGUCAUGUUUCGCCCAAGGAAUGAACAACGUACAGGUGCCUUUAAAUCUCAAGUUAUGGCGCACUUCCGGCUGUCACGAGCUGCUGGCUUCUCUCGGUUUUGAUCUGAUUGGCGUGGGCAAAGAUGAAGUGAUGCUUCGAUCCGGCAAAGCGAACAGCAGACGUGCUGUACAGUGUACUGUGCAGGCCUUGUGUGCUCUCACAGAUUCAGAAAAUCCUGCAGAGAAGGAAGAUCCUACCUUUAAACUCUCCAAGGUCCAUUCCGCUUCAACUGUCAUCUCCAACUUAUCUCUCAAAUCAGCUUCUAUCGACUCGGAUCUUGACACUAAGUCUAAAGAUGUGGACCACAGUUCCAACGAUGUUAGCAAUUCAAGGGGCAUUAGUAAGGGUUCCAAAACCAGCAUCACCUCCAGGCCAGUGAAAACUGAGGCCCAUCCUUCAAACGAGUCGAUUAACUCGGCAGCAGUUGCAGAAGCCGAAAGAAGAAGCUUUCGAGCUCUUUCCAAAUCACAGCCUCUGCUUGUAAAUAGGAAUCAUCCAAACGCCGUAAACUCCUAUUCAGGUUUCAACGGACACGUGCGCAGUGCCAAUAAGCAACAUACAACUUCAUCCGUCGUAGAUCACUCGCGAAAUUCUUCAGUCGCCGACCCAUCCGACUCAGACGUCGAUAGUUAUUCGGACAUUGUCGGUCAGCGCGCGCCAUUAAAUCGGCAUACAGUCGAUCUUACGGAGGAUAUCUCAGUUUCAAAUGGUGUCUCGCCCACAUGGGUAACUAAUUCCAAUCAAAAUGGGAAUGUAGUUACAUUUCCAGUACAACAACGUCGGGCUAAGGAAAACCCAGCAAGGAGUGAAAAACAGGUUUUGCCGAGUACACCGAAACAAAGUCACGAGCCGGGUACGAAUGGUACCAGACAACCUAUAUCCGGGUAUCUACCUAAUGCUUCUGAUAUCAAUGGGGGGAGGGUACGCCGAGGAGGGUCUCUGAAUGAUGAAGGUUACCCCCGAGGAAGGCCCCAGGGAAGAAGUGUGAGCGAGAGCCAGGAACCUGUAUCUAAAAACGGACCUUUUAGCCGACCUAAGUCAAUACCUAGGCAGGGAGAGAAUGGAUCGAGCGAUGAGGAGGAAACUACGCAUGCUCGUGACAGACGUUGGGCGAAGAGUAGUACAGACUUAAGAACUCAUCGUGUGGUAUCUGCCAUUGAUAUUAGUGGAAAUGGUAAAGUUAAUCGAACUGGGCGUUUAAGGGUUUCUAGUGUGGAUUUACCAGUCAGAGAUGGAGCUCUGAGGUCCUCAAGUCAAAGUACUGCACCAUUAAGAAAUGGUGAGUUUAAAACGAAUCACGCUGAUCAGCUUGCAGCCGAAAUGCAACAGGGACGAAAAGAAUCCCUAGAGGGGAGGAGACAGUCGCUGCAGAAGUUUCACGAUGAUUCUCAGUCUUCUCAAGAUAGUACUGACUACGAGUCUCGUCAGACUAAAGCAGAGUGGGCAGCGGCUGCCCUUAUGAAUAAUCACAUGACACGUGAGCCGACCCAACCGCUGGCCAACAAAAAAACAUCCCCGCAGUCACUUGAGAUGAAAGACAUAGGAGCGGAAAAGAGGAGACUGAGGCGAGAGCAUUUGGCAAACUUGGCUCAUCUCCACUCCUCCUCCUGCUAGCACUGGCUGACACGGUGGAACUCGUAUUACCGGGGUUGAUGUGAACUAGCAGAGUAUAUUUUUUAACAGUUUCGUAUCUUAAACAAGAAAGUGUUCCCAAAUAAUCUGAACCAAAUUGGUUCUCUACGUCGAAAAGCAAUUUGGAGCUGUCGAGUAUUGCACUGGUUCUCAGUGAUCUAUUUUGAAAAUCGUAUUUUGAAAUCUGUUCAAAAUUUUCAAGCCCCGUCGCCAAGAGGUAGCGUUGAAUAUCAGUUUACUGCUAGAUGUAAAAAGACAUUUUCUAUUGUUUACGUCUAAAUUUAUGAAAACACCAACAGCCAAUUUCGAUGUAAGUUUUACUUACUAUAAUUAACUUUUCUUCAGACGAGUCUAUCACAAUAGUGUGUUAUAAUUUAGGAAAAAUGGAGAAUUCUAAAGGAGACGACUCUUUCGCUCGACCGAACGUGUUAUGCAACUUUGAGAGAAUAAUUAAGGUAAACACCCCUCUCGCUUCCUUCAGGCUACCUUAGUAUUUAAUUUUGUCCCCAGGUCUUAACUUAUCCCACAAUUUUUUGACCGUUUAGUCUGAGAACGAAGACACUAUUGCGCAAAGUCUUCUUGUGCAUUGACUUUUAGAGGUAACGACAAAGUAUUUCAGCCGUUCUGGUGCUAACCAUCGUUAGACAUAUCCAACAGUUAACCCCUCAGUUAAUCUUGAUUUGUGAAUAUUUUUGCUGAAACUGAAAGGUAGCAAGUCUAGAUCUUGUGCCAAAAAUAGUAAGAACAUCGUGACGCCGUUGGUGUGUACUAUUUUCGGUCACGCAACAUUGUGUGACUCAAGCAUUCUCACGUCAACUUGCUUCCUUUUAGUUUAUUACCUUCCCUUAUGCUAUUGUAGAAUUAUGACAAGCCCUAGAUAAAUAUUGUCAAGUGGUUCAUGACGGUCAAUUUUCUCCCUUUCAAUUACGGGUCCUACCACCUUUUUAUUUAUGUGCGUUGAAUCUUUAGGUCAAACUAGAAUUCAAGAUGCGUGCCAUUUUCGAAAUUCUCAGUGUAUUAUAUGUACCUCAGUCAAUUAGUAGAGAUGAGAGUGGCGUAUUUUCGGGUUGCUAUUUAUGAAAUUUGGAGCGAAAUCGUGUACAUAUAAGUUUGUAAUUUCAGAUUAAUAAGCAGGAGGUUUAUAAUAUAUAUAUAUUUCAUAGCCACGUUACGUUGUACAUAUUUCACCUCCUUGCAAAUAUUUUUUAGUACAAUUAAUAAAGUUCAAGGUUUUCCAGAACUCUUUUCUGAACUCUUUCUGUGGUAACGUUCUAUAUCAUUCAAUAUUACACUUAACAUCGAGACAUGUCACACUUAAUUGCAACAGAAAAGAAAUAAAGGGGAAAGUUUUGUCUGA